CAUUCAUUUAUUUAAACCCGACCAACGACACCAUGCCAAGCGCAGACUCCAGCGGCAGAGCUCGACUUCCCGGUAAAGAACAGGACUGAGACGUCCUCCGAAGCACCGGAGCACCUCCUGCGCUCUCACCUGCACAACGUUGCGCGCGGGACCCGACUUUGACGCCCUGCGGGACACCGCCGACACCCAGGACUCUACGUAGAGAAAGAGGGACCCCUCCUACAUGGGCCCAAAACCCCGCGAGGCCGCUGGGAUGGCGUGCAGCGCAUGUUACUACCUGGUUAUCAGCUCCACACACCUGAGCAAUGGACACUUUCGGCGCGUCAAGGGGGUCUUCAGAGGACCGCUGUGUCCAACCGCAACCAGUGAUUCACCGGAGUGUGCAGAGAGGGCUUUGGGCUGCUCAGUGGAGGAUCUGAAGGCUCUUUUCUACUGUGAGCUGUGUCACAAGCAGUACCUCAGACACCAGGAGUUUGACAACCACAUCAACUCCUACGACCAUGCACACAAACAGAGGCUGAAGGAACUCAAGCAUAGGGAAUUUGCUCGCAAUGUGUCCUCGAAGUCAUGGAAGGACCAACGCAAACAGGAGAAGGCUCUCAGACGCCUGCACCAGCUUGCACAGCUGCAACAGGAAACCCAGCGAAUCCCAGGAAGAACAUCUGGACUAAGGAGUGCAGUCAGAGCUGUGAGACAGCGGCAAGAUAGAGACGUGGACCAAAGAGACCGCAGCCCCGAAGAUAAACCUGAGCCCUUCAACAACACCCAGAGGCCCCCUCUUACGCAACAGAGGACAGCUCACCUCAGCAUUCAGCCAGAGGAUCCAUGCCAAUCUCCUUCCCAGAUAUCGCUGGCUGCUGCUCUAACAGAGUCCCCACUAAUCACACAUCCGGAAUCCAAUACAGACCCUCCUGUAGUGAAGCCCCAGUCUUGUUUGGGCUUGUAUCCCCAGCCGCCUCUCCCUGGGCGGGGGAGAGUAGGAGGCAGGCUUGGGGUGUCCUUCUGCUUCUCACGCAGGGGGCCCAGGCUCGAGCCUUCCGCCUCUGUCUUCUCGGACAUGGAGGAGGAAGAGAGAGAAAAGAGAGAACAAAUGAAAGAGAGGAUAAAGGGGAUGAUGGAAGAUAUUGACCGGGAAACUGGGGCAGCAGAGGAGGGGAAACACAGAGAGAGUGAAAAGCAUGAGUUUAGAUCGCACAGUGCUGGACUGAGUGACAUGGGGCCAAUCCCCAGAGAGGCUGCCCGAGAAGAGGGGGAGAUGGAAAAAAGAGACGUAGUGAAAGCACACUCUACUAUUUCCACAGAAGCACCUGAUAAUCAGAGUCAUGAUUCACUAUUCUUGCCAUCACAGACACAGGUGGCCCUGUGGGGCACAGCACUAGCAAGGGCACACAUAGACACUGAACACAUAGAUAGUGAGACAGAGAGAAAGCAAGAGACAGAAGGGGGGAAAGAGGAGAGUCAGUAUAUGUGUGUGCUGGGGAAAGAUAGCUCUACCCAUCUGAGAUGGCCUGUCAGUUUGCUUAAAUUCACCAACUCUCAACCACACAUCUCCUACAGUUGCAACCCACUCUGCUUGAACCCACAAGAACCAGAACAACUCAAAGAGGAUCCACAGGAGUCACAACAAAAUCAGUUGUGUGCUCCCUCAGAUGAAUCCGAUCUCCGUGUGCCAGCUAUUCUUACACCAGACGCUCCUUCCUGUUUACAAAGACAGACAAGACAAGAGCUGAAAGCACACAGACAGGAAAAAUCCGAGGAUAAUUUCAAGGCAGAGCAACAUAUCGACAUGGAGACAGAGGCACACCUGUUCCUAAAGAACAAAAACCUUUCAUUGUCAGAAACAAAACCAGAAAGAGGUAGAUGCGCACUAAGUUUGGAGAAUUUUGUGAGGGCAGCCUCCCAUCCAUUUGACCCAGCUCAGAGUGACAGCUCUGACACAAACUCCCAGAAUCCUCUGGGAGGCAGAUUAGGGGGUGCGAGAGGGAUCAGGGAGAGAGCCAUCAUAGCCCUGAGCUGUAAAUUAGAGUCUGUCACCCAGCCUAGCACACAGAGGAUGUGCAUCAGCCCGUCCAGGUGUGAGUGUGGGAGUGAGACAAUGUGCAAGUGUGCCAGCACUACGCAGCCAUACAUGGGUGUCUCAGAAGUGUCACGCAAAAAGAGGAAAGCCAGCACAAAGAAACACAAGCUGGGAAAGAGGAAGAAGGAAAAAGGUUCAAACAAGCGCCAAUCAGCAAGGUGCAAAGUGAGGAGUGUUGUCUCUACAGUCUCCAUUGGCAGAGAGAGGAGUGGAGAAGCUGGAGGGAGCUGGUGGAAGACAAGGAGGCAAAGGGAGACGGGGGAGACGAGAAGGAGGAGGAGGGUGCAGAGAGCAGGGAGCAGCUGUCUCCUGGGGAGAUGUGAGGCUGAGCCAGUAUCUGUCUCUGUCAGGAAGAGGAGGCCUCACAGGAGCCACAGCACUGAAUCCCAGUCACAGCCAGACAGAGAGCAGGCAGAGAACUGCAGUGCCGACUCCCAGCUCGCCAGACACAUAGCAGACAGACACAACGAGGGGGAGGGAAAGCGAGACGGAGAUGCAGUGACUUUUCCCUGGCGAUCUCACUUCUCCGUACACUCCUUCUCACCAGGAUGUAACUCAAAGCUGUUUUGGGAAAGGGGUCACCAUAGCAACCCCAGGAGUUUCAUUGACUGCUGUUACCCUGACAACAGCUGUGGUUGCAGCCCGGCGAGAAAGAGAAAACUCCUCCACAGGGACAGGAAAUUCAUUCAUAGUAAGAGGAAGAGUUCAAGGCAUCGUGGAGUCUGGGAGGAGACAGAGAGGGGCAGGAAAAUUGGAGGGCAACCAGGUGGCAGAGACAGGGGCCUGAUUUCAGAUACGGAGCAGUGGGAGUGGAUGAGGGAGAGCUGUCCUAGAGGUGGUGAGGAGGGCAGGUCUAGGAGCGGGUGGAGAUCAAAAAACAGAGCAGGCGAGUGGGAUCGGGUGGCAAGGUUCAGCCCCAGUCCUGGCAGCUGGGGCAGGAAAGGCAGACAUCUCAGCACAGAAGAUGUAGACUGGGACAGGUGCAGCGUGGACAGAUGGACAUGGGGCAGCAGCGACAGCUGUGAAGACAGGGGGACACACAGGUCCACAUCAGGCUCCAGGACAGGGGCAGACAGCAGAGACAGCCCAGGCUAUGUGUGGAAAUGCACAGGCACCAGACGAUCAAGCUCAAGACACUUCUCCAGCCCUGAGUGGUGGACGAGUAGGCAGCCAUACAGCCCCCAGAGUGCAACCAACAUACGGGCCAGCAGAUGCCACAGCCCGCGCUCCUGCAGCCCCUGCAGCAGCACCAGCAUGUCCGAGCUCAGCUGGGAGUGGAGCAGGAGCAGUACCUGCUCAGGAAUCGACGGGUUGUCAGUGAGCUCCUGCAGAAUGUCCUCAGGAGCUCCAGGACUCUCAUUUGAGGCACCUCAGGAGGCAAAGAAGCAGAGCAGCCCCACAUCCACUUCAUCCAGCCUUACCUCUUGCUCCCUUUCUCAUUCCUCGCCCUACAGCUGCCCAUCCUCUGUUGCUCACACAGCCCCAGGCCUCAAUACACACCAUUGUGACACAUGCCCCUCUCAGCUCAAGAAGCCCAAUUCACAGUCUGACCUUGGCCAUGAUCAAUCUGCCCUUAGCAACACAAGUAGUUCAGGCACAACUCUUCCAGGAAAAUCCACCAGUAAGCCACAGAAACCAGCCAGGAUGUUGCUUCUCCCUCUCAUAGGGAAACUACCUGCAAUCCAGAGAAAGGCCAGGCGGAAAAAAGGGCUGCUGGAGAAGAGUCAGGAGAAGGAAGGAGAGGAGGAAGAGGAGGCUAAGGGCAGCAGAGCGGAUCCUGGGGGGGUUGUCAACAGUCAGAAAUUUCGUCUGAAAAUCACUGAGUCAACCCCCAGCAGCACACCAAAUCUCUGCCCGUCCCAGAUUAGCACUGAUGACAAGCAGACAGGUGGAGAGACGGCUCAGCCAAUCAGCUUUACCGCUGAGGAGAUGGACAAAUAUCGCCUCCUGCAAGAGCAGGCGAGAGAGCACAUGCAGAAAGUCCUGGAACAGACACAGGAGAGCGCAGACAUACACACAGAGACAAGCUACACACAUACAUCUCAGACAGAGAAUUGUGGGACUUCAGAGGAACAAUAUACACUAAUACACAGCAAUACACACAACCCUUCACAGCCUCAGACACAGUCACUUCACACAGACGCGAUGCAAACACAAGCACAGCACACCAUCCAGGUCAGUCUCCCACCUCCUCAUGUGACCCCACAAGAGAACUUUACACCACCCAUGGCUCUGAGAGUCCCCAGCCUCCCCUCUCUUCCGCCAUCCCCCCCUCUCUCCAGCCUCCAUCAUAUCAUUUUACAACAUGCGGCACUUUCCAUGCCCCCUUCCUCCUCAUCCUCUUCCACUGCAUCCUCCCCUCCCGCCAUCCACCCACACCCAGCUUCACUCCCUCACCCUCUGCCCCCUCUCCACCCCUCCCUCCCGCACCACCUCCACCUCUCUCCCUUCACAAUAUCAUCCCUGUUUCCCUCCAUUCUGCUGUCACAUCACCCCAUCCCUCUCCUCCCGCAGUCGCCCGCUUUUCACGCAACCCCACUUGCCCCACUCUCCCCAGUAGCCCUGCAACCCCUGAACCCACAGUCUUUUAUGGACAGAGCGUGGCCAGUGAGGUUCCAACAGAAGGCGUUGUGA